UAUAUUAUGGCCGCUUCUGUUGCGCGCGCAGCAGCCGCGAAAGUUAAGUGUAUUUACUUGUGUUAUGGGCUUUGUUACCAUCUAGUUACUUUUAUGCGUUUUAAACCAAACAGAAAUAUUGAAGAAACAUGGAGGGAGCGUCCACGAACGGUGUUUUAAGUAAGCUGAGUCUGCUGGAAGUUGAAGCAAGGAGCCGCGGAAUUCAUCCUCAGCCGCAGCAGAGUCGUGUGAAGGAGCUGAAGGCUAAAGUUGAAGCACUGAAAGCUAAAAGAGAUCAGCUAAAGGCAGAGCUACAAACACAUAAGCUCCUCCAGAGACUGAGGCUAUCUGAGGUCAACCACAGUGAGGAAGAGGACAUGGAUGAAGACUCGGAGAGCUCGCGUGUGCUGCGGCUGAUGGCCAGACAUUCUGAGCUGACGGAUCUUCUUCGCGCUCACCGCCUCAUCGGUGGAUAUGAGGUUGUAAAGACUCAUCAAGGUAAAGGAGUGUGCGUGUCUAUAGCGACCGGGUACGAGGGCGUCUAUUUAGACACGUAUAACCUGGAGAUGGACACAAAUCCAAAGGUGAGGAUCAGUCGACACAACAUCCCCCCCUUCAUCCCGCUGGACACACUCGCUGAGCAGAGCGACCUGCAGACGGGCAUCAGGACGUUUCUGGACACUCUCAGCCAACAUCUCAACGCGUACGUAGGUCGCAGGCAGCAGCUGAAGCUUAUGAAGGAGCAGCAUAAGUCUGUGGAAGUGAUGGAGAGCAACAUUUUGUGUUCGAUGCUGGUGCUGAUGUUCACCAUGCCAGAACAGGGGGCUGUCCUCUGCUUGUUAGACUACAAGGACCUCCGCAGAUGUCUUCCGACUCAAGUCAAGUUGGAUUGUGAAGAUGAGAAACUUCCAGACUCCCCGCAGUGGAAGAAAAGCUGCAGCCUCCUGCUGGAGCUUCCUGUCCACAGAGCGUUGACGGCCAUGAAGAAAAUGGGGACUAUUGUUUAAUAUAAUCGCCUCUUUCAUGCUAAAUAGUUUGGUUAAACUUUAUAGUAUGAGGUUCCUUAAUGGUGUUUCUGCAGCUUUCCCUGCUGCCUUAUUGACACCCUCUGAUCUAGAGCUGUCUCUGUCCCUGUGUCCUCUCUGGCUGUCUGCUGUUGCCUCACCAGCUCCUUCUGCUAUGGACCCAACAUCUCCUAUCAGAGGUGCAGAUCCAGACUCUGACGUGUGUCUGUUGCUUCUAGUUCUUGUAUUUAUUUCAUGGCAACAUUCAGCAUAGCUUUAGACCCGCAGAGUCUCAUCAUCACUCUUCUGUUCAGCCAUCUCAUCUCAGUCGACGCAUCCUGUUGGAGCAGCGGUGCUGCCUGUGCAGCAGGUUUAGUCCUCGUGGUUCAGGACUCUCAGCACUCGUCCCCUAUGGAACUGCUCCAUUGUCCACAAGGACAAGAAAUGGGAACACACCUGUGUUUUCCUCUUUUAAGUGAAGCCUUUCUUCUAAGAUUAAAUGUGUUUUGCCAGUUUUGAGGAAAGUGCAGACAAACGAGUGAGAUUUGUUGUUAAUGCUGCAAUAAACCACAUGCAAACCUCUGUCUCACCUGCUUUAGCAUAAGGAAAUUGCUUUACACCUUGUUCUAAUGUUGCCCAGCAGGGGGCGCAAUUGUACAGUUUACAUAUAUUAAAAUUAUGCACAAAUAAA